GAAACGUUCCGCGGGAAACUGCCGAACGUUUCCACCUGCAAUUCGCGUUUGAUGUUUAGUUGGCCAGCACUCUGACGUGUUCCGAAAACAGCAGAUAGCAUCUCGGCAGUGUUUACCGCCUCAGCUGGCCAAUUAUGGUGGACUCGGGCAGAUAAAAACAACCCGUGCGCGUCGGUCUGUGUCACUCGCUCCGCGACGGCUGCUGUGCAGGAGGUCAUUGUGAGUUUCCUGGUUGUGGCGGUGGGGGCUCGCACGAUCAGCCGUUUCAUCGACGCCGUAAAGAUUAAGAAACCAACACAUUGAAGAUAUCAGCAUUUGUAUAGAUGGGAGCCUAGCAGAAAAUUCCAAAUUCACAAAAUUCCUUGGGAUGACAAUUGAUGAAAAUUUAAGCUGGGACAAGAACAUAGACUAUAUUUAUCUGCAAGCUACAAUAAACAGUUAUGGCUUUUGAAAACCUGUUUCCAUAUCUUGGACAAUUUGGUCGCUAUCAGAAGAGAAUCUAUGUGCUUCUAUGCUUGACAGCAGUUACAGGAGCUCUACAUAAACUUGUAGGAGUUUUUUUGCAAGCUAGUGUGAAUUAUCGGUGUCAGCUGCCAUUUGAGAAUGAAACAGCAUCAUACACUCUACCUCCAGAAAUACUGAAUAUGUCAUACCCAUGGGAUGAGAGGGAAUAUGCUUUUUCAUCAUGUCAGAUGUUGGCUGCAAAUUACACAGAAGAUUAUUUUCACAGUGGUAGACCAUCUAAUGAAAGUGUGACCUGCACUCAGUGGAUAUAUGAUAAAAGUAUUUAUAAGAGCAGUACAAUAAUGGAGUUUGACUUAGUGUGUACAUAUGGAUGGUUACCAGCCAUGUCUGAUUCCAUGUUUAUGCUUGGUGAUGUUAUUGGAUCCUUUACUUUUGGUCUGCUUUCUGACAGGUAUGGAAGAAAGCCAAUCUUCAUGGUAGCUGUUGUGAUGCAAGUAAUUGCAGGGUUACUGGUUUCAUUUUCACCACAGUAUGUAUGGUUUAUUAUAUUCAGACUGUUUGUUGGAAGCACAGUCUCAGGGCUAUUUCUUGUAGGAUACGUAAUUGCAAUGGAAAUGGUUGGUACAAGGAAACGCUUAUUUGCUGGUGUUGCUUGUCAGUUAUUCUUCACCUUUGGUUAUGUUAUAACUGCACUAUUUGCAUACCUUAUACCAGAGUGGCGAUUACUACAAAUAGCAAUUACAGUGCCAUCUCUCAUAUUCCUAAGCUACUGGUGGAUUAUUCCAGAAUCAUUUAGAUGGUUAAUAGCAAAUGGUCAACAGGAAGAAGCCCGGAAAUAUAUUUUGAAAGCUGCAAAAGAAAAUGGAGUAACUAUUCCAGAUGAUGUGCUGACCAAAGCCAUAAUGGGAGAAGGUUCAGUUCAGUCAGAAAACAACUCUCAGAAAUAUUCUAUAAUUGAUAUGAUGAAGCAUAGUAAACUUAGAAGGAGAACACUAAAUAUUUUCUUUAUUUGGUUUGCAAAUAAUGCAACAUAUUAUGGACUUUCUUGGAAUACAUCAAAUCUGGGAGGCAAUGAUUACAUAAAUUUUUUAAUAGCUGGUUUUGUGGAAGUGCCAGCAUAUACUUUCCUUUUAUUCUCUCUUAACAAAUGGGGACGAAAGAAAAUUCUGUGCUCCUCUAUGAUAAUCGCUGGAGUGUCACUAUUUGCUGCAACUGCUGUACCACAAGGCACAUCUUGGCUUGUGGUCACAUUUGCAAUGCUGGGAAAAUUGGCCAUUACUGCAUCAUAUGGCACAAUAUAUAUCUUCACAGCAGAGCAAUUUCCAACUGUGGUUCGCAAUGUAGCAUUGGGAGCUAGUUCAACAUGUGCUCGCAUGGGGGGCAUGACUGCUCCAUACAUCAAUGUUUUGAAUACUAUAUGGCGACCAUUACCGCUUCUAAUAUUUGGUACAGUGUCUAUCACUGCAGCAUUUCUGGCGCUGAUAUUGCCAGAAACUCUAAAUCGAAAACUACCAGAUACAAUUGAAGAUAUGGAAGAACAAGAAAAGCCUCUUUCUGGUGCCAGCCUUGGUGACCACAUAGAUGAAGUUCCAAAGGAGAUCAUCUGAGAUGUAGUGUAUGGCAUACAUGCUGUACAUCAAUGAAACCCUUACUUUAAUGGUUUGUGUUAUUAAGAGUGAAGAACAGAAGACGGAAGAUAUCAUACCAGUGUCGGUGGAAUUAGAGACUAUACAUGUUUAUGUUACAUUUCCUUAAAAAUGGCCUUACCUUUUAGGUCAAAACUAUGCACACAGAAUCUGAUGUUGGUUCAGAUAUCAUGUAUAAUUUAUAAGCCCUAUUAACAAUCUAGAUGAGCCACUUAAGAAGGCAUAGGAAAGCAAAGAGGAAUAUAGCUUCAAGUAGGUUUUUGCACUUUGUGAGAACAAUUUCCAACAGCUAACUGUAUUGCCUCAUGUUGUUUCAGAACAAUCCUUAUUCAAUAUGGCCCUUGAGAAUGCAUAUUUGCAACAGCUUAGCGAUUUCAAAUUACAAACUGAUAAAUUGCAGUACAUUUUGUCACAUAAUAUCAUUUUAUUUUUAUUUACACAUUGCUCAAAAUUUCUUGUUUAAUAGAAAGUAUUCAGCUGGAACAUAGAGCUAUCAAGUUCUGAAAUAUUAGUAGCUUUACACAUUACUUUUUAUGUUUCCUCAUUUGUUAACUGCUUGUCAGUAUUUUAUUUCUUAUGACUAAGAAGUAGGUGUGUGUGUGUGUGUGUGUGUGUGUGUGUGUGUAUGUGUGUGUGUGUGUGUGUGUGUGUGUGUUUGUGUGUGUUUACCAGUGUAUGUUUGUAUUUAUGCUCUUACCAGCAUUAUUUGUACUACAACCAGUGAAUAUAUUUUGCCUUGAUCUUAUUUUAUAACUGUUGAAGAAGUGAUAUGUUUUGGUUUUCUACAAUGUGCCAACUAUUUGAAUAUAAUGGUAUCCAUGAUUCAAAUUGACCUUCUAACCAUGACCAUUUUCUAUCAUUGUGUUUCACUGAAAUUUAGCUGUAUGAAGGUUUCUUCAUAGAUUGCAGAGACUCCUCUUCUUAGUUUUGAUUAUUGUCUCAUUUAUAUCUCACAUAUUUUCUUCUUUCCUUUGUAUACUGGUUUCAGUGUCAGCUCAAUGGGGAAUAUAGGAACCCUAGCAUGUAAAAAACAAACAUGGCAGUUUCUGUUCCCCCUGUGUCUCAUGGGGAUCAAUGCUGAAAAUCUGCAGUCUAGUCACUGAUGAAAUUUCACUGGUGAAAAAUUGUAUAGCAAACAGGGAGGAAUUGAAAAUUUCAAAGUUGCCCCCACCACUCACACACUGGGUGGGCGGAUGGGUCUAGUGUGAUAUCAUUGGAUGUCCCCCUCCAAGACAAGCAAACUGGAAUUAUAACUUUUUUUGAUGCGAUUUGUAGGUUUUGAGAUAUUUCAAUGUUUUCAGUUAAAAUGGAUACACUGUAAACACACACACACACACAGAGGUAGGGAGAGAGAGAGAGAGAGAGAGAGAGAGAGAGAGAGAUUAAUGUUUUAAGGAAAUAAGUACCUGAAAAGUCCUACCUAAUUUGAAAUAUGAAUGUCAGAAAGGUAAUAGCAUACGUGUGAAUGAGUGAGUAAGCAUGUUUGUAUGAGGGAAAUAGAUAAUGGACAUAAAUAAAUGUGAAGAUGUUUUUCUCUUGUGAUGUCAUGGCAACAAUUUAUUUCAUAACUUAGUCAGUUUAAACAGGUAAAUGCUGCAGAAAUCCUAACAAAACUGGCCAAUGUGCAUGGAAAUAAACUGCACCAAGGUAGGAUAAGAGGCUGAAAUUUAUCUAGUCGUACAUAACAGCUUACACAUUAUUUAAUGUACUUCAAUAAAAUAUGAAAUUUUGCAAUUUCAUAAUCAUAGUUUAACUGAAUGAAACACAAAUUUGUGGAAUAAAGCUAAGAGUAAAUAAAAUUAAACCAA